GAUGCCUCUUUAUUCCAUCUUGGUGGCUAGGUGUGUGCCCAGUGUCUCCAGUAAGUGGGAAUUUCUCUGAGUCUCUAUGUCUGAGCCACCAUGGCGUGCACAGGGCCAGCCGGUGGGCGGCAGCGGGUGAGCAUGCAGGAACACAUGGCCAUCGACGUGAGCCCCGGUCCCAUACAGCCCAUCCGUCUCAUUUCUGACUACUUUCCACACUUCUACCCCUUCCUGGAGCCGGUUCUGCAUGCACCAGACCCACAGGCUAUGCUGGCCCCGGCCAUCCACUCUGCACCCCAGCUGCAGCCCAGCCCAGAACCAGAAGGAGACUCUGAUGACUGCACUGCCCUGGGCACUCUGGAGUUCACACUUCUCUUUGAUGCGGACAACAGCACCCUACACUGCACAGCCCAUCGUGCAAAGGGCCUCAAGCCACCAGCCUCAGGCUCUGUGGAUACCUAUGUCAAAGCCAACUUGCUGCCAGGGGCCAGCAAGGCCAGCCAGCUUCGGACCCGAACUGUUCGAGGCACUAGGGGACCUGUCUGGGAGGAGACGCUCACCUAUCAUGGCUUCACUCUCCAGGAUGCUGGACGGAAGACCCUGAGGUUAUGUGUGUAUGAAGAUUCACGGCUGCGGCGACGAGCAGCCCCCUUGGGGGAGCUCCGAGUGCCCCUGAGGAAGCUGGUGCCAAACCGAGCCAGGAGCUUUGACAUUUGUCUGGAGAAGCGGAGACUGACCAAGAGGCCCAAGAGUCUGGACACAGCCCGUGGCAUGUCUCUGUAUAAAGAGGAGGAGAUGGAGGCAGAGCUGUCUGGGGAAGAACGUGGGCGCAUCCUACUGUCCCUGUGCUACAGCUCCCAGCGUGGUGGCCUGCUGGUGGGGGUGCUGCGCUGCGCCCACCUGGCCCCCAUGGAUGCCAACGGCUACUCGGACCCCUUUGUCCGCCUUUUCCUGCACCCAAGUUCUGGAAAGAAAUCCAAAUAUAAGACCAGUGUUCGGAGAAAGACCCUGAACCCUGAGUUCAAUGAGGAAUUCUUUUAUGCAGGUCAUCGGGAGGAGUUGGCCCAGAAGGCACUGCUGGUGUCUGUGUGGGACUAUGACCUGGGCACAGCUGAUGAUUUCAUCGGUGGGGUACAGCUGAGUAGCAGAGCCAGUGGGGAGCGCCUUCACCACUGGCGUGAAUGCCUGAGCCGCAGUGACCGCCGGCUGGAACUGUGGCACCUGCUGGACAGUGUGCCCCCCCAGCUUGGUGACUAGUCAGCACAAGGCCCUGCUUGUAGCCUGUAGGGGCCAAGAUGUCUGCUGCAGCGAAAGAGCUGUAGGUUGGCCCUACCUGCUGUGCCCAUUCCUAUAUCCUUUCAGUCACCCUACCUUCAAACACAAUGCAAAAUAAACAUCUGCUUCUGCCA